ACCCCAUUGGUGAGAAGGGUCAACUUAUUAAAGUAGCUGCCACACUCAUCUGGAACAGGAGGUGGGGAGCUGAGCGGAGCAGAAGCCUGGACUCCCACUAGUGAAACCAUAGUUGCAGCCAUGGCUGGGAAGCCUGUGCUUUACUACUACAAUGCCCGGGGCAAAAUGGAGUGCAUCAGGUGGCUCCUGGCUGCAGCAGGGGUGGAGUUUGAAGAGAAGUUUAUGGAAACUUCAGAAGAUCUGGAAAAGUUAAUAAAAGAUGGGAGGUUGAUGUUUCAACAACUGCCCAUGGUGGAGAUUGACGGGAUGACGCUGGUACAGAGCAGAGCCAUUCUCAACUACAUCGCUACCAAAUACGACCUCUACGGGAAGGAUGCGAAGGAGAGAGCCUUGAUUGACAUGUAUACAGAGGGUAUUAUAGAUCUGACUGACAUGAUGCUGAGAGUGGUAACAUGUUUCCCAGACCAAAGAGAAGCCAAGAUUUCCUUGGCAAAAGACAAAGCCAAAAGUCGGUACCUGCCUGCCUAUGAACAAGUAUUGAAGAGCCACAGACAAGACUACCUUGUUGGUAACAGGCUGACCAGGGUGGACAUUCACCUGCUGGAAGUUCUUCUCUAUGUUGAAGAGCUUGACUCCAGCCUUCUGGCCCCUUUCCCCCUGCUGAAGGCCCUGAAGAGCAGAAUCAGCAGCCUGCCCAAUGUGAAGAAGUUCCUCCAGCCUGGCAGCCAGAGAAAGCCUCCCUAUGAUGAGAAAAUAAUUGAAAAGGCAAAGAAGAUUUUCAAGUUUCAGCCAAGCUGAGUAGACAGAGGCCACAGACACCAGUCUGUGAUGUUUUGCAAAAAUGAGAAGCAAGUGUGGUUCCUGGCUAUUGUGAGAUAAUAAGGAUGAACAAAUGCUA